AUGGCGCAGUGGAAGUCGAUUGAUUUUCUUCCUAUUAGUCCUAGUCUUAAAGCAGAUUUUUAUUCUACUCUUAGAAACAGAAUAAUCAUCUUGUCUGAGCUUGAUGAUGAGCUGAUUUGGACCAAGAACUCUACUGGAAAGUAUUCAGUGAAAGAUGGAUAUAAUUCCCUUAUGACGGUCAAGGAUCUCUCUUCUUGGCCUUACAAAUUAUUUUGGCAUCCUGCAUGUCUGCCAAAGGCUGGAGCCUUUACAUGGCUUGCUAUGCAAGACAGGGUUCUUACUGGGAUGAGAUUGGAUAGGAUGGGCUUAUCUGUUGUCUUCCCUUGUGUUUUAUGUAAUCAAAAAUUGGAAUCGUCAUCUCAUCUUUUUCUUCAGGAUGUUAGAAUUGGUUCUUCGAGAAGUUAG